GUGAUCACAUAAUUUCAGGCAUUAGACACGUCAAUUCGACGAUUGUUGGAUCUCAUUAACGUUUUACAUUUAUCACCCACAAACAACUCGAACCAGAUCUAGUUCCAACAUUUUACACUCAAAGCUCAAUUUGGAUCAUCUUCUUAGGGUUUCAGAUCUGAAAUCCUCACAUAUAUAUAUACACACAUAUACAUAUAUAUACGUGGAUCGCCACAAAGACUUUUACUGUGGAAAUGUCUGUUAAAGCAACGAAAUCGUCAUGCAGAGAUCGAACGCAAGAGUUUCAGAAUGUGGCCGAGACGCUAAAGAAGUCGUUCUCGUCGGCUUCUAAUGCGCUGAGUAGUAGUAGUGCCAGUGCUCCGAAGACCGAGGGGUCGCGAUCGGCCGUGUCAAUUCAAUCCGAGUUCAACAAGAGGGCGUCCAAGAUUGGGUUUGGGAUUCACCAGACGUCGCAAAAGCUCUCAAAGCUCGCGAAAUUGGCAAAGAGGACAUCAGUUUUUGAUGAUCCAACAGUGGAGAUUCAAGAGCUAACAGCUGUCAUCAAGCAGGAUAUCACUGCACUAAACUCGGCUGUGGUGGACCUUCAGAUCCUCUGCAACUCCCAAAAUGAAUCCAGUAACACAUCGAGUGACACCACCACCCAUUCAACCACUGUUGUUGAUAACCUGAAGAACCGCUUAAUGAGCGCCACCAAAGAGUUUAAGGAAGUCCUCACUAUGCGAACUGAGAACUUAAAGGUUCAUGAAAACAGAAAGCAAUUAUUUUCUUCUACUUCUUCGAAAGAGUCUACAAAUCCUUUUGUUCGCCAGCGUCCAUUGGCUGCCAAAUCAGCUGCUAGUACAUCAACUUCUCUUCCCCCUUGGGCCAAUGGUUCUGCAUCUUCAUCCCAGCUAUUUCCCAGGAAGCAGACAGAUGGGGAAUCACAACCAUUGCUGCAGCAGCAACAAAAUCAACAGCAACAGCAAAUGGUUCCUUUACAAGAUAGUUAUAUGCAGAGCAGAGCUGAAGCGCUUCAGAAUGUGGAGUCAACUAUUCACGAGUUGGGCAACAUCUUCACUCAGUUGGCCACCAUGGUUUCUCAGCAAGGAGAACUUGCAAUAAGGAUUGAUGAAAACAUGGAUGAUACGCUGGGAAAUGUAGAAGGGGCACAGGGGCAACUGGUCAGGUACCUCAACAGUAUCUCCUCCAACAGAUGGCUGAUGAUCAAGAUUUUUUUUGUAUUAGUUGUAUUCCUCAUGAUUUUCCUAUUUUUUGUGGCGUAAUUAUAUAAUGAAAUUCGAAAAUAAAGGAAAGAGAAGAGCCUUGCAUUUUGUUUUACCGUUGAGGAGCCUUCCACCUCUUCAAAAGUGACUAAGAACACAAGAUGCUGUGUGUGUGUGUGUGUAUAAUAUAAUAUAUAUAUAUAUAUUCUUUA